ACGCUUUGCAGUGCUGCGCGAUGUCUGUGUUAAAACACCUUUGCACUUUUGCCUCACUUUCGAUAUUCAACACUAAUUGCAUUCCCCGCUAUACUUUUUUCUAUUCUUUUAUUUUAUUACUACAAACACAAACACAACCCCACCUAUACCACCACUGAAUCAGGUCUAGCCGCUCCAAAACACACCCCUCGAGAAAUUUACAUUUUCAAACAAUAAAUUACAAUGGCAGACAUGGAUGUUGACAAGCCCUCCCCUGCCGCUAGCGCACCCAGCCCUGUAGAGCCAGCCAAGAGCGACAACGCGGGCAAAGUCACUCGGCCAAGAAUCGAAAUCAAAAAGUGGAACGCCGUGGCCAUGUGGGCCUGGGACAUGGACACAGACAUUUGCGCCAUUUGUCGCAACAACAACAUGGAGCUGUGCAUUGAGUGCCAAGCCGACCAGGACACCAACAGCACCGAGGACUGCUCUCUCGCAUGGGGUAUUUGCAACCAUGCGUUCCACUUCCAUUGCAUUGCGCGUUGGCUGAAGAACCGGAACACGUGUCCCUUGGACAACCGCGAGUGGAACUACCAAAAGUACGGUCGCUGAGCACGAAAGCACUCGCAGAAAUCGUUGUCUAUCAGAAAUACAUUGCUUUUUCUUUUAUUUCUUUAUUUGAAUUCUAUUCUAUUCUACAAACGUA